AUGAUACAAACAUCGGCAACGCCCGCUCGGUCCGUGCUUCUCAGUGCUGGCGAUCCUCUGCUCAAGUGGAAUGCGCAGCCUUGCUCAACCUAUUUUGUUUUGCUACAAUCACUGGACAUGCAGAGAAAUUGUGCGAGUGAUUGGACAGACCCUAUGAUGAUUUCAACUCCAGCACCCGCCUUAGAGCCUCCACCUAAUGUGAGCGUCACAAACGUCGGACCUGGUAGACAAUUGGUGAUGUGGGCACCCUUAGGACCACCGACUACCUGCCCCCAUGUGUAUCGAAUACAAAUCCAAUCCACUGGAUCGAACACGACUUAUUUCACGGUUUCUUCAGAUAAAUUCGGUAGGUCCGACCUUGAUAUUGGGUAA